AUGGCCAUGCAGCGUCCGACAUCAAAACUUCCACCUGGUGCCAACCGCAUCCUCUUCGUGAAGAACCUCAACUACCAGAUCACCGGAGAAGAUCUCUACGACCUGUUCGGACGGUACGGAAGUAUCCGCCAGAUUCGGAUAGGAGCUAAGAACGCGCUCGACCACCUCAACGGUUUCCAUUUGCAAGAGCGCUACAUCGUCGUGCUGUACCACAUGCCCGCAAAACAGGACGCGGCCGCGGCAAAAGCUGAGCUUGCGAGGAGAGAGGAAGAGUUGGCGCGGCUCAAGCAGACGCAUGACAUUAAGGACGAUGACUAG